AGAGACCCAGUCGCUGGGCUGGAACUCACAAACUGUGAGAUCAUGACCAGAGCCAAAGUCGGAAGCUCAACCGACUGAGCAACCCGGACACCCUCAAACUCUUUUUCUGUAAAGUGACUUGGUUCUUCUUGAGAAAGGGUUUGUGCUGACCAUUCUCUAAGUCCAUGUUCCUAGGCCUGAGCUUUCCCAAAGAUUCACUCACUAGGUCCCCCUCGAAAAUCUCUGGAAUGAGGGGAAUUUAUCUCCCUAUGGGAUGGGGACAGGGAAAAAGUACCGUGGGUGGGCCCUCUGCAAGCAGGAAUUUUGAGCAAUACCUAUCGCAGCCCCAGUCAACCAGGUGCUAAAACAUGAAACACAACCACACACCAGCGGUCCUUCUGCCCUCCCAGGAAUCACCAGCAAGCAGAGGUUGCUGCCCCGCUGGCUAUACACCAGCUAGAAUCGGUUGGGAUUUUACAGCCCUCCAAGCCCCUGUGCCUGGACCUCAGACCUGUGGAAUCCAUCACGGGGAGUGUAUCAGCAAUUUAAAAACAAAACAAAACAGAUCAUUCCAGUUGGCAGCCUGGGUUGAGAAUCACUGCUCUGGACCAUUUAGGGACUUAGAGAAGGUGUCCCAAGCCUUUGUAGGCACGGAGACUCUCUCGGUUCAAGAGUCUGUCCUGAACACCAGAGUUGUGACAGAAUACCAAGUGUGAGCAAGGGCUGAGAUAUUGCAAUGUUCCCAAGGAGAAAUGAAGUGGUCACAAAGAUAAAAUCUAGGACAAUUUUGGGUGUGUGUCAGAAGCAAAGACAAGGGAGGGAUCAAGGGUAAGUGGGAUUUUUGUUUACCUCAAACUGGGAGAGUAGCAAUUUUUGCUGAGUUGAGGAGCUCUGGCGAGGGGAGAGAGGGAAGUGGAAGAAGAGUUGUUUUGGCCAUGUUGGGUUGACACCGGGUUUGAUCUGAGGAGGAAGGUCAGCAGUGGGAGCCUUGGAUCUGGGGUAGGUGAGUGUAUACAGAGCAGGACAGUGAUCAGUACUGAAUCUCAGACACGCUGCCCAUUAGAUCUGGGAGUUGAGACAGAACCAAAGGAGCUGAGCAGGAGCUGCAGAAAAAUGGGAGGAAAACCUGAGUAGUGGGAAGCCCAAGGGGAUCAAGCAUCAAAUGAUGGGGAGGAGGUGAGGAUGGAGAAGGGACCUGGCAUUCGACUGUGCACAGGUUGCUGAGGACCCUAACCAGGGCCGUUUCCUGGAGGGAGGGGCAAGCCUCACUGGAAUGGAUACAGGAGAGCGUGAAGAUUGCAAGUUCACCUGCCACUACCGUUGCCGCGCGCUCAUCAGCCUGGACUGCUGCGGGCCCCGGGACCUGGGCUGGGAACCUGCGCUGGAGCGGGACACCAACGUGGACGAGCCUGUGGAGUGGGAGACACCUGACCUUUCUCAGGCUGAGACUGAGCAGAAGAUCAAGGAGUACAAUAGCCAGAUCAACAGCAACCUCUUCAUGAGCCUGAACAAGGAUGGCUCCUACACAGGCUUCAUCAAGGUUCAACUGAAGCUGGUGCGCCCUGUCUCGGUGCCCUCCAGCAAGAAGCCACCCUCCUUGCAGGCUGCCCAGCGGGGCCCAGGACGGGGCACAGCUGUGAGGCGCCGCACCUCCUUCUACUUGCCCAAAGAUGCCGUCAAGCACCUGCAUGUGUUGUCACGCACACGGGCACGCGAGGUCAUUGAGGCCCUACUGCGCAAGUUCUUAGUGGUGGAUGACCCCCGCAAGUUUGCACUCUUUGAGCGGGCUGAACGCCAUGGCCAAGUGUACCUCCGGAAGCUAUCAGAUGAUGAGCAACCCCUGCGGCUGCGGCUCCUUGCAGGGCCCAGCGAGAAGGCCCUAAGCUUUGUCCUCAAAGAGAAUGAUUCUGGGGAGGUAAAUUGGGAUGCCUUUAGCAUGCCUGAGCUACACAACUUCUUGCGCAUCCUGCAGCGGGAGGAAGAGGAACACCUCCGCCAAAUCCUGCAAAAGUACUCCUAUUGCCGUCAGAAGAUCCAGGAGGCCCUGCACGCCUGCCCCCUGGGGUGACCUCUUGUACCCCUGGGUGAAAGGAGGAGAGUAGGCAGCGCCGAGGGCGUGCCGUGUGAGUGUGACAGGGCCCGUGUGGCCUGAAGAAUGAGUGUGCAUGGAGGCCCUCUCUUACUGGGGGAAUGAGCCCAGAGAACAGCAAAGGAGCUGGCCCCCUGUGUCCACCCACAGGUAUAGCAGAACAUGGCUCUGCAUUCUUCUGCCUUUUGUGUAGUGGGCCAUGGUGGGCCAGGGUUGCCCUGGGAAGCUGCUCCAGGCUUGCAGCAGGGAUAGAGCAGACAGAAGUCUCCUUAAUUUGUGUCUCAGAUACUAGAAUCUUGGAGACCCUACAAACAGAAUAGGUCAUGUUUUCAGGGAUGAGGGCCUUCAUCUAUGGGGAAAAGUCGUAUGUUUUGGGUCUUGGAUGGGGUGUCAGGACAGCCCUAUUGGAGCCAAGGGCAGGUGUUCGAGGUAAGACAGGCAUCGGGAAAGAGCCUAGGUUUUCCUCUGCAGUGGCCUCUGUCUCCUCACACACACUGGGGUCAGGAAAUGCUGGCUCAUGGUGCAGCAACAGUGCCUCAGUGCCUCCUCCAAGGAGGAUGUCCCUAGGCCAGGGUCUGUGUGAGUGUGGGCACUGGUCCAGGUCCGUGCCUUGUUUGCCAGUCAGAGCGAGGGUCCUUCCCUCAGUUAUUUUUGAUGAUGUGUGCGAAUGUAUGUAAUAUUUUGUGGCCUCAGCUGCAUGCCUCCUGUGGGGAAGGGGGUGGGGGUAACAGUCAUCAUCAGGGCCUGGGGCCUGAGAGAAGUGGCUGAAUAAAGAUUGAAGAAUUCUG